UUCUGUGCUGCUCCAAUGUCAUUAAAGCUGCCACUGAAAAGUGUAUGCUUCCUUUCGCAGAUGUCUCCCAAGAAGUGGUCAAAAAACACGUUUGGCUGGGCCCGUGCCGAAGUGUUGGGAGCGCUGGUGAACGCCGUGUUCCUGGUGGCCCUGUGCUUCUCCAUCCUUGUGGAGAGCCUCAAGCGCUUCUACAAGCCCGAAGUCAUUGACGAGCCAAAGCUCAUCCUUUAUGUCGGCAUUGCCGGCCUCAUUGUCAACAUUAUUGGCCUCUGCCUGUUCCGUGAGCACGGCCACAGCCACAGCAGGGGCCACCACCACAGCCUGCCCACGGUGGAGGAGGUUGUACUGCAGGGCCUCGAGGAGGACAUCAACGACAACCGCUUCCGCAUUGGGGGUGACGAGGGCCGUGGCACGGCACCAUCUUCAACAGGUGGCCAGCUCAACAUCCGGGGCGUCUACCUUCACAUCCUGGCUGAUGCCCUCGGCUCAGUGGUGGUCAUCAUCAGCUCACUGGUCAUCUGGCUCACCACUUGGGAGCAGCGGUACUACGUAGACCCUGCCCUCAGCCUCGUCAUGGUGUGCCUCAUCAUGAAGUCUACAUCUCCUCUACUGGUGGACUCUGCGCUGAUCCUGCUGCAGACUGUGCCGACGCACAUCCAGAUUGACUCCCUGCAGAAGAAGCUUCUGCAAGAGGUGGAAGGGGUGCUGGCUGUGCACGAGUUCCACGUGUGGCAGCUGGCGGGUGAGCGCAUCAUCGCCUCGGCCCACAUCCGCUGCAAGAACCUGCAGGACUACAUGCACAUCGCCGAGCGCGUCAAGGAGUUCUUCCACAACGAAGGCAUUCACUCCACCACCAUACAGCCCGAGUUUGUCCAGCUUGAGGGGCAGCAGAGUGACGACAAAGACUGUGUCCUGGACUGCCCCAGCCGCACCAACUGUGUGGCCCAGACCUGCUGUGGGCCUCGAGGCAAAGAGGGCGUCCCCGAUGCACCUGCACCUACAGAUGAGACUGUGUUGCGUCAACGGCCUGCAGCUGAACUGAGCACCCCAGCUUGAAUGCCAUCUGUGGCCAGUGUGUGUGGUACUGAUCUGCUGGCAAGUGGGCCAACAUGUGGAGCAACACUUCUUCCUUGCCGUGGUUGACGCUGGCAGAGCAUCUGGAGACCAACGCCGCCAUGGCUGCUUUGAAUCGGUUGUUACUGUACGUGCAAGCAAGAGGGGCACGAAGCAAAGAUGGCCAGCCUUCAGCUGUGAUGAGUAGUGUCAGCUUUGGUAGAAGGUUGUGGACUAGGAACGAUGCCAAAGUGCUGGCACUAUGGGUGUCACAUUUGUUGUGAGACAGAAGGCACCAAAUAAAAGUCAAGCCACGCUGCA